AUGUGUCACCAAGGCACAAAAAUGCAUAUUCCUCUAAAGCCCACAAGAAUCCACACGGGGAGGAGCUUUGUCUGCUCCAAAUGUGGGAAAUGUUUCUCUCACAGGAAGAUCCUCAUUGCUCAUAAAUGGGUUCAUACUGGGAGGAAACCAUUCACCUGCACUGAAUGUGAUAAGGGCUUCUUGUGGAACAGGGACCUUCAGGGACAUAAAAAGAGCCAUAAAAGAAGAAACAAUAGCAGCUAUCUCUUGGCUCACAGAGGAAAGAGACUGAAAGAAGUUAGUACUGACUCUUGUAAAAGAGAGAAGGUGUUUUACUGCAGAGAGUGUGGUAAAAGCUUCAGGCAAAAGUCUAGGCUUGAAAUCCACAUUCAGUGCCACACAGGAGAGAAACCAUUUGUCUGCACUGAGUGUGGGAAAGGCUUCAGGAAAAAGUGUGAACUCAAAUCUCACCUUCAUAUUCACACCGGAGUGAACCCAUUUGUCUGCACUGAGUGUGGUAAAUGUUUCAGGGAUAAAAGUGAACUGAACAUUCAUAUUAACGUACACACAGGAAAGACUUUCCCCUGUACGGAGUGUGGCAAAUCCUUUGCAGCAAAGAAGAAUCUGAAAAGGCACCAAAUGGUUCACACUGGGGAGAAACCACACGAGUGCACAGAGUGUGGGAAACAAUUCAUGGAAAAAAGUAAACUAGAGAGACAUUAUCUAAAUCAUACUGGAGUGAAACCAUUCAGCUGCUGUGAGUGUGGAGAACAGUUCAAAUGGAAACACCAGCUCCAAUAUCACCAACUGAGUCACACUGGGGAGAGGCCAUUUGUCUGUACUGAGUGUGGGAAGAGCUACAAGAGUAAGGAUACACUCACUGCGCACUUUCAUAUUCACACAGGGGAGAAACCAUUUGUGUGCCCUGAGUGUGGGAAACCAUAUAAGAGCUACAGUGCACUGAGGUACCACCUCCAGACUCACAUUAGAUGA